GGCCAGGUGAGAGGGGCGGUGGCGGCCGGGCCCCGGGACUGCCCGGGACUGCUCGGAGGCCGGGCGCGCCUCGGCGGAAGGCGGGCUGGGCCGGGCACCUGGCGGCAUCCGGGAGCGGGGAGCGCGGUUUGCGCGGUGCCGGCGCUCCAAAGUGUGCCUGAUUGGUUGAGAGCAGGGGCUCCAUUCUCAGGACGCUGAACUUGGGGCCGACACCUACUUUUCAUAAGGACACGAGUUCCUCUGGAACGACUGCAGACUGGGAAGACCCUUGCAUUUUAAGGACACCGGGUGUGGGCAUCGACGUCCCGCUUUGGAGGGGAGGGCGCGGAGGACGCCCUCUCAAGGCUUCCCUCCACCACCACCCCCCUCCCCACGCCCCCAUGGCGCUUCCUGGCCCUUCACACGCUCAGGUCUGGAACCUGGAGCCUCCUGCUCCCACGGCUCCUGCCAACCCGUCCUCGGGCUGCCCGGAGCGGGAGGGCGCCGGGAGCCCGGGGGUGUCCGGGGGGCUCCCCCUAGAGAAGGUGAAGCGGCCCAUGAACGCGUUCAUGGUGUGGAGCUCCGCUCAGCGCCGCCAGAUGGCGCAGCAGAACCCGAAGAUGCACAACUCGGAGAUCUCCAAGCGCCUGGGCGCGCAGUGGAAGCUGCUGGGCGAGGACGAGAAGCGGCCCUUCGUGGAAGAGGCCAAGCGGCUCCGGGCCCGGCACCUGCGCGACUACCCCGACUACAAGUACCGGCCUCGGCGCAAGGCCAAGAGCUCGGGCGCCGGGCAGCCCCACUUCGGCCCGGGGAGCGGCGGUGUAGCUGCCGGCGGCCCGGUCUGGGGGCCCGGGUACGCGACCACCCAGGGGAGCAGAGGCUUUGGGUACCAGCCGCCCGGCUACUCGGCAGCCUACCUGCCCGGCGGGUACGGCUCUUCCCACUGUAAACCAGAGGCCUCCUCGCCGUGCUCCCUCCCUCAGAAUAACCCCAGGCUCCAGGGGGAGCUGCUCCCCCAAUAUAACCCCUGCCUCCCCCCAGGCUCUCCCACCCCGUACAGCCCUCCCCUGCUGGGGCCCCCCCUGCCCCUGACCCACCUCUAACCCUCGUGGACACGGACCUCCCAGGAAGGGCUCCCCCUC